UAAAAAUUACCACUACCGCCAAGAUGCAGUACCCCGUCGUUCUCGCCAUUACCAUGCUCAUCUCGCUCGGCCAGGCUGGUUCCGCUCGCACCAAUGAGGUGGCCAAGCAACCCUUUGUGGUGAGGAACAUUGGUGACAACUGGGUCACCAAAGUCAAGAGAGACGGUGUAGACGGCGACGACGAGGCCGAUAUCGUCCCGAGGGGCCUUUUCGGUCUCCACCCCGGCCGCGGUUGCGUGCACGAUGGCAUUCAAGGAACUUGCAACCCUUUUGGCAAAUGUGAGCUGAUCGGCAAGGCGGGCGAGGACAAGAAUGGCAAGCCUAGGAAGGUUUUGGACGACAACUGUCUUGUCAACUAAACGUCGGGAGCGUGCCAAGCUUGUUGGGCGGGUUGUCUAUAUUUCUUGCUGGUUCUGUUGAACAUAUUGUUAGCUCGUCCAAUUGAUAGCUCAAAGAAACGCU